AACCAAAGAGGGGAGAAGUGACAGAACUUGGCAGUAUUCUUUCAUCUGUGGAGUGUUGCUCUGCUCUGCUCUCAUAUGGAUUAAAUCCUUUAUGAUCAACGGCUCUGGGUUUCAUAAAUAGUAUUUUCAUAAAUUUUCUUGAAACUCAACAGUCUUUCAAUGUUCUCAAAUGCAUCUAAGUGAAGAACAUCAUUUUCUCCUGCUGGAUCCAUGAGCCAGAUGAACCUUUACACCUCUGCCCACAUUCUCCACCAGACCCAGGUGAAGAGUGUGUGUGUUCUUGUGCUCCUGUAUAUUCCUCUGGGUAUGAUGGACAUCCCUGGACCAUGCAAGCACUCCAUAACCAAAGAUCACCUGCACCAGAUAAAUCAUCUGAUCAGUAACCAGAUGAGGAAUGGAUGUUCAAUAUCCUACAUGUUCAUCGAGAAGAGAAAUCUGAGCUCAGUGUGUUAUGUGAAAGCAGCUCUGCCGCGUGUGCUGGACUUGCUGAGUGCACACUUUCAAUAUUCCCGAGGCUCAGAGGGCGCUCAGUCGGUCCUCUUUCUACAGAACCUCAUCCACAACAUCUACUCACAGCACUGUGUACCACCUCUUAACGAAGAACUCGAGGAGAUCCCAGUGGCGUUUCUGAAGCAGUUCACAGAUUCCCCCGUUCAAGCCUUACAGAGAGCUAAGGAGGUUCUGGAUAUCUACCUACAGCUCAUCACACAAACCAACACAGCUGUGGACUGGAGCUGUGCAGUGGAAUACAGCUACAGCUUCACGACUCCUGUCAGUACAGAGCUGCCCAGCACACAUGGCACAGAGGCCACGCAAGUGCAGCUGGGCCAUGAGCAGAACUCGUCUGAUUUGAGUUUCUAUAAACUGGGCUUCAUCGUGUUAGCAGCAUGCGGUGGAAUCUUCCUGCUUAUCACUGUCUCUUGCUUCAUACACAGAAAGAAAUUUCAUCGACUUCCAAGACCAGACGUGGAUUUAGACACAUGGUCCAAUGUCAGUCAGAUAGGGUUCUGCUCAACAGAUCUGAAUCGAAUGGAUCUGAUCAUCUGAAGAUUCUACAAAAUCCAAACUCCACAUCUUCCCUUGUGAAUUACAGAGUUUUCACAAACAAAACAAAAACACCUGCAUUACUUCUAUAGUCACCACCACAUGCU